CAACGAGUUUCAUUUUAACGGACGUAACGCUGCCAAUGACGCGCUGACCCGAACUCUCGAAGACAUGGAGUCAUCCGGAAAUAUCUCAUUUAAGGGCUUUCUAGUGCAGAUGAAGGUUGAAGGAAAGCAAGAUGAUGGACGCUUUCGUUUCAAAACAGAUGACACAGAUUCGCGUCGCUGGCCUUCUAAAGGGCAAGUCGGUUCUCGUCAGCAAUAUUAAUUUUCU